AUGGAUGUUAAUAUAUUAUUAGAGAACUUAUCAGAAAAACUUGGUAAAAUGCUUAAAAAUGCCGAUGAUUUUAAUACAAUCAUUCGAGUUGGACAGAAUCCAAAUGUUCAAACGUUUUAUGCACAUUCUAAUAUCUUGAGAGCAUUGUCGCCUUACUUUAAUAAAGCGCUAUCGAAGGAUUGGGCCAAAAAAGAAGGCGAAAUGUUUGUUUUUGAAAAACCGAAUGUUUCGCCAUCUUGCUUUGAGACGAUACUCAAAUACAUAUAUACAGGAACUUUUAAUUUGGAUGAAAAAGAUACUCAGGAGAUAAUCGACAUUAUUAUUGCCUCAGAUGAAUUUAUGCUUUCUGAAUUCAUUCCUUCCAUAGAAUCAUAUCUCAUUGAAAAACGCUCCGAUUGGUUACGCACCAACAUUGAGUCAAUUAUUCUAACAUGUUCACAACAUUCUACCUUGAUAAAACUUCGGGACUUUUGUUUUGAGGAACUUUGCGACGAACCUCGAAGGAUUUUUAAUUCGCCAAGUUUCUGUUUGUUAAAUGAAUGUUUUAUGAUUUCUUUGAUUCAAAGAAAUGAUUUAAAUAUGAACGAAAUUGAAAUUUGGGAGUCCUUGAUCCGUUGGGGGAAAGCUCAAAUUGUAUCAAAUUUAAAAUUGGAUGAUCCACGAGAUGUUACUAAGUAUAGCCAGGAUGACUUCACAACAUUGAGAAAAACCAUUGAAAAAAUUUUACCAUAUAUUCGAUUCGAUCAUAUUUGUCCAUUAGAUUUUAAAGAAAAAGUUGUUCCUUAUAAAUCUUUAAUAUCUAGCGAUGCUUACGAAGAAAUUUUGUGGAAGUAUAUAAUUGAUAGCAAAUUCAAAUUUUCACCUUCGUUUCAAAGACGUAUCGGCAGUAUAAAUUCUAAAAUAAUCAAGAAAAAACAUGCCACCUUAAUUGCAAGUUGGGUCGAUCAAAAAGACAGUGCGUAUACUAAUGAUACAAUGCCAUACGAAUUUGUAUUGGAAAUUCGAGGCACAUACGACGGGUUUUCUUAUGAGGCAUUCAAAUACAAAGGAGAUAAUAUAAUUAACACAAUUAUUGUCGCACGAGUGAAGAACAGCAAAGAAGUAAUCGGUGGAUACAAUCCUUGUAUUUGGAGACAUGAUCGAUGGAAAAGUUCAGAAGACUUUUGGAGACCUGAUUCUAGAAGUUUUAUAUUCUCAUUUCCUGAUGGCGAAACAACAAAUAAUGCAAUUUUAAGUAGAAUUAAUCCGUAUUAUUCCAAGUAUGCAAUGUAUAUUAGAAAAAAUAACGGACCAGAAUUCGGAAAUCAAGAUUUCUACAUGAGCGGUCGUUUCGACUUGAAAACCGGUGUAAUAUGUAGAAAAACAUAUUAUUUAAAGAAAAUACGAGACAGUGAAGACUCUUUUGCAGUGGAUGAAUAUGAAUUAUUUAGAUUGGUUAGAAAAUAA